UCAACGCGCACGCGCACUCUGACUGGUACCACACCCACACACUGAGCUAAAAUGGCGUGUCGUCUACGAUCUUUAUCUCGUUUUCUCUCUUCAACAAGACAACUGGUGGUCCCCAUUCGAGGUGCAGCAUCUCCGGCUUUUUCUUUCAAACAGUCGUUGCUUAAUGUGCCCGAGACCAAAGUUACAGUUCUGAACAACGGCAUGAGGGUUGCUACUGAGGACAGCGGAAUUCCAACUGCAACUGUAGGGUUGUGGAUUGAUGCUGGAACACGAUUUGAAACUGAAGAGACAAACGGUGUAGCUCACUUUCUUGAACACAUGGCUUUUAAAGGCACAGCUAAUAGAACACAGCGCGAUCUUGAGCUGGAGGUCGAGAACAUGGGUGCUCAUCUGAAUGCCUACACAUCACGAGAGAUGACUGUCUAUUAUGCCAAGUGUUUCAGCAAGGAUUUGCCUCGAGCAUUGAACAUUUUGGCUGAUAUUCUUCAAAACUCAACAUUUGGUGAUGCCGAAAUCGAACGAGAACGAGGAGUUAUUCUUCGGGAAAUGCAGGAAGUGGACACUCAAAUGGAGGAGGUCGUGUUUGACCAUCUGCACACAACUGCAUUUCAAGGCACACCACUUAGUUGGACAAUACUUGGACCAAGCCAGAAUAUCAGAACUAUAAAUCGUCAGAACCUUGUUGACUAUAUCAAGCAACAUUACCAUGCGCCGAGAAUGGUGCUGUCAGCUGCUGGAGGUGUAAAUCAUGAUGAACUCGUGAAACUUGCGGAAAAAGAGUUCAGCAGCUUAAGUUCGUCACCUGGCGUCAUUAGACCAGACACAGCAAAAUUCACAGGCAGUGAGAUUCGUGUACGAGAUGACGACAUUCCAUUGGCUCACAUAGCCGUUGCUGUUGAGGGUGUUGGAUGGAUACAUCCCGACUACUUACCUCUGAUGGUCACAAACACUCUGAUUGGUCAGUGGGAUCGGUCUUUUGGAGCUCAAGGAAACAUGGGCAGCAAGCUGGCCCAGGAUGCCAUGAGUGGUAACUUGUGUCACAGCUUUAUGUCGUUCAACACUUGCUACACAGACACUGGACUAUGGGGUAUCUAUCUGGUGACUGACCCACUGAGUAUCGAUGAUCUUAUCUACUGUGUGCAGAGAGAAUGGUUGCGUAUUUGCAACAAUGUCUCUGACACGGAAGUUGCUCGAGCUCGUAACCUGCUCAAGUCCCAGCUGCUUGUGCAACUCGAUGGUUCAACGCCAGUAUGUGAAGACAUCGGCAGACAAAUGCUAACUUAUGGACGUCGAAUUCCUCUACCAGAACUAGACAUGAGAUUAGACCAAAUAGAUGCUAAAGUCAUCAGAGAUGUAGCCACUCGGUAUAUCUACAAUCAAUGUCCUGCAGUCGUUGGAGUCGGUCCUGUAGAGCAGCUUCCAGAUUAUACGAGACUUCGCUCGGGCAUGUACCAGUGGAGGGUAUAGAUUGUAACCAUUGUCGACUGCUCUCAGUUUCCCGUAUAUUCAAUUAUCUAUUGUUACUGCAUGUCGCGUAAAUGUGUGUGCACCUGUCUGAUAUAUUAGGAUUCCAGGAAUGUUGUGGCUGUCAUUACUUUCUAUUGUGAAACUACAAAAAUAGUGUGCACUUAUUUCUCCCCGAAGGCGAAACAGCUGACGAGUUGCGUGU